AUGGCGUCCCUGGCACUGCUUGGGCUGUCGAUUUUGCUCGGGUUGAUCGGGGUCUCCGGAGAUGAGCGUUGCGGAGGAUCCCUAUACAUCUUCUGGGAUGAGCAUUGUGGCCAUGAAGAAGGCACCCCUCCCAUGUGGAUUCUCUCUCCGCUAAGGCCAGACCCCACCCGACCGCAGAACCUGCAGGAUGAGGAAGGCUGCUGGGCUUGGGCCACAUGGGCCACGGAGGACGAGGCAAUCGCUGGUGCAGACGAGUGGAUCAGCUGGGACCCUUGCUGCGCAUCUAGGGAAGGUAAGGAGUUCGUGACCAGUGUUGUAAGCUUCGAAAACGAAAGCAUUCGAAUGUCUGGGCUUUGCGAUGUGGAGGGCGGCAGGAAGCUAGCAAAUCGAGUUUACAAACUUGAGGGCACCACGAUCAGCGGUCGGAACUGGUACUCCAGCGAAUGUUCCGACAAGGAGUGCUUCUACGAACUGAAGGUCCCAAAGGAUUUCGAGACUGAGGGGAAUUUUGACGAGCAGGAAGAAGAAGAAGCCCCCAAAAAAAGGCACGACAAGGAAGAUACCACAGACGCGCUGGACGUCACGGCACAUCUGGUGUCAGGCGCGGCCCUUGUGGUGUUUGGCCUGCCUCAAAUCCUGCUUGCCUUCGGGCGCCUUCACCAACGGAAGAGAAUCUUGCCGCUGCAGCCCGGGGAUGAAGAAGUGUUUUCACCUCGCCCAAAUGCAGCUGGAAGCGAUUUGCACCAAUCAGUGCCGCAAAACGCUUGGUGCGUGACGCUGGAAGACCUUUGCCAGUUUCGCCGCCUGGUGAUGCAUGCAGUGUCUACAGGACAGAUCUUGCCGCACGAUCGUGAUAUGUUUGACACUUCUGACUUGACCAUUGGGCCCUCUGUGUACACAGUCAACGACCAGUUCAUCAAACCCGUGACAGCGCGCGCGGGAAACAUGAGCUGGGCACUUCUCAGGAAUCCGGCUGGCGUGAGCUGUGAUGUGUUCGUGACGCAUUGUUGGGCAGAGGGAAUUUAUGAAUUUCUCGACAGGGUGGAACAUUCUUGGCCUCGAGGUGCACGCGCUGCAUAUGUGUGUUUUUUGUCCAACCCGCAAAAUCUUGACAUCUCUGGCCUGAUUGCGAGCCCCCGUGACUCGCCUUUUGCAGUAGCAUUGCAGGCAGCACCUAUCAUGCUGGUUCUUCCGAACCACAGCAUCAGCAUUUACGCAAGGCUUUGGUGCUGCUAUGAAGCCUUCCUUGCAUAUUCCUGGUAUGUCGCAGCUGCUGGGGCGAUGUGCUUGUUGCCAAUCGCCGUCGACAUGGAAGUCGUGAGUCAGCUUAACCCAAUGCUUUCGGUGGCUGCAGGCACUUUCUUUGUUCUGGCAGCUGCGUGCGCACGUUUCGGAAUACAUGGAGCACUGGCGCAGGCAUGCAUUGCAGUCACUGGCAUUUGUCUCAGCAUGGGCCUGCUGGGCGGAUACAUUGCUGAAGUCGGGCUCCAGCGUCACAUGUUCCAUUCCGGGCAGGAUCUAGGCCGAAUCUUGACAUGGUUGUGUGCACUUGUCAUCACCUGCUGCGCAGAGUUCGAUCGUAUCAUGGCAUCAGAUGCUGCCCUCCGCAGCAGAUUCCUUCAAAAAGGCUUUUCUGGUCGACUAUUGGAUGCCAGGUGCUCGUCAGACUCCGACCGAGAAAGUAUUCUGGAGGAACUGACGCAAAGUGGCAAGGUGAAGGAGGUGGAACAGGCUGUGCAAUUUCUGCUACAGAUGAACCUUAUGACACCUGAGUUGCAACGAACCACAGCGUUGACAGGAGAGCUUGGAGAUGUUUCGCUCUUCAGCCGAUCAUGGGUUGCUGUGGGUGUCAUGCUUUGGGUCGCGCUCCCCAUACAGACCCUGACAGCUCCCGGGAUUACCCCCCUGCAGCAAGUUCCCGCAGCUGCCAUGCUGGUGCAAGGUAGCCUGUGGCUGGCUUUCUUCCCUCGCCUUAGUGCGGACCGGAAGACUUUUGCAGCAAUCACGCUGAAGUUUUGGGUUGUGCUUGGAGCCUGCAUCCUUGUUGUCUUCGCGUUUGUAGGCUUCGCUGAUAUUGACUGGUACCUCAUUCCGGGCGCCCUGAUUGUAAGCCCGUUGUGCCUGUCCCUCUCCCUUGCCGGGCCGUCCCGUAUCGCUCGAGUCCCCACCUUGGGAAUCCCACUGGUACGGUUUUUCCUCGGUCAAAAGCAUCUUUGCCCUCAACGUCGAAGCCGUGAGGUGUCAAGAAAUUCUUCCGAAGACGUCCAGGACGCGACCGUGACCGUGGACAUCUGUUCGGAGGGGCCUACACCCCGAAAAGCCAGCCCUCCACAGUCAAAGGUUUAG